AUGGAGCAACUUCAAGUUCCAGAGGGUUUAGAACAUCUAGUGCCUCAUCAAUUCCAACUUCCAUCUAAGAUCCUGUGUAAAGUUGUUUCUGUGUGCCGCAUGGUUGAACCUGAAACGGAUGAAGUUUAUGCUCAAAUUGAUUUGCUUCCAGAGUCGGAUCAACCUGAUGAGUUAACUAGUCUUGAUACUCUCCCACCUGAACCUGCGGGUUGCAAAGUCCAUUCCUUUUCCAAGAUAAUUACACAUUCUGACGCUAGUUCCCAUGGAGGGUUCUCUAUUCCUCGAAAAUAUGCAGAUGAUUGUCUACCUCCGUUGGAUAUGUCCCAGCCGUCCCCUUCCCAAGUUUUGGUUUCCAUAGAUCUUCAUGGCAAUGAGUGGCAAUUUUGUCACGUUUAUCGAGGUCGACCCAGGCGUCAUUUGAUGAAUGGGUGGAGUGUAUUUGCUCAGGCAAAAAGAUUAGUGGCAGGCGAUGCCUUCAUCUUCUUAAAAGGAGAAAGUGGGGAGUUUCGUGUGGGGUUUAGGAGGUAUAUGUGUCAACAGCAAAACAGGCUACCUUUUGUUAUAUCGAGGCAAAGUACACAUAUGGGAAUUCUUGCCACAGCUGCUCAUGCGAUUUCAAAUGGAACUCUAUUUUCCGUCCUAUACAAGCCUAAGUUCGUGCAUUUUGCUUCAUUAUCUAGCAACUUGUGCAGUUGA